UCGCUCAUUGGCUGCACGCUGCUGUCCGCUGACGGCUGUGUGUCUGUUUUCCUGUCAAAGUCACAACAGUCCCGUUUAUUAUGGCGUCUUCUAUGAAAUGGAAAUAGUGUUCAGUCUUGUGUCGUUAAUCGCUACUAAGGUUUUACAGUUUUCUGGACUUGUGGACAGGAAUGCACUGAAGACUCAGAGGAUGGAGGAGAAAGCGUUAGAAGUCUACGAUGUGAUUCGAUCGAUCCGGGACCCGGAGAAGCCCAACACCCUGGAGGAGCUCGACGUGGUGACGGAGAAAUGUGUGGAGGUCCAGGAGCUCGGAGAGGACGAGUACCUCAUCAUUAUCAAGUUCUCUCCAACCGUCCCUCACUGCUCUCUGGCUACUCUGAUCGGUCUGUGCUUACAAGUGAAGCUGCAGCGAUGUUUGCCAUUUAAACAUAAGCUGGAGAUUUACAUUGCAGAAGGAACCCAUUCCACUGAAGAAGAUAUUAACAAGCAGAUCAACGAUAAGGAGCGAGUGGCGGCCGCCAUGGAAAACCCCAACCUGAGGGAGAUGGUGGAGCAGUGUGUCACCGAACCGGACGACUGACUGACUGACGGAGGGAGGGAGGGAGCGCCACCUCCCUGAAGGAAACACCUCGGAGCCGCAGUGUGUGUGUGUGUGUGUUGUAUGUGUGUGUUCCCACAGUGCCUGUAGAUAUUAUUCAGAGGAGUCCUGAGCGUCUGUCUGAUGGCAGAGGCUUGUGGCGGCUCUGGGGAGUCAGCUGGUGUUUGGAGGAUUUUCUCCAGUGAGUAGCUUGAAUACUGAGCGGUGAAUAAAAGCCCCGACGGAAGCUGGAAUAAAGCCACAGAUGUGUGUGUGUGUGUGUGAGUGUGUGUUGACACUCCGAUCAUUCCCUGCUGGACGGCGUCGCGGUGAACAGCAGCAGGUCUUUGUUGUCGUCUGGAUCGGACGCUGCAGAGGAAAUGGGCCAGAGAUUUUAGAAGUCUGUCCUUUUGUUAAUCACUCAGAUUCAAGUCUGAGUAGAAAGUGUGAAUCUUUUAGAGGUGAUUAUUUUCAAUAAAAAAAAAGAUGUGAUGUACAAAAGAAUCCGUUAUUAAAAGCUACGUCAACGAGAA